AUGGCCGCUGAAUUAUCGACUGCUGCCAAUGGCGGCGCCUCUAAGUCCCUCGCCGCCAUGCUGGAGGAGCAACACGCCCGCGACGAGACCCACAAGCCCACGGUUGAGGAAGUUGUGGAUGAGGAGGACCUCAAGCACCCUCCUCCCUCGUCGACCGCGAACAGCCAACCCCUGGCUCCCAUUCUCGCCCCCGCCUCGGAAUCGUUGACCCCCGCCGAGACCGCGGCUCCGUCGCCCGUGUCAAAACCCGCCCCAAAGAAGGCCCCAGCCUUUGACGUACAAUCGGAGGAGCUGUUCCCGGCGCUCGGUAGCGGACCCAAGCCCGCUGCUCCUGCGGCGGCUACAUGGGGUGCUAAAAAGCCCUCUGCGGCGGCGAGUGUUGCCAAUGGCCGCCCGGCCCAGCCAAUGGAUGUCCCCCGGGUCAUGUCUCUCCCAGGAAAGCACAUGGAGCAGCUUCGGCUGGCCCCAUCCCAGAUGCAGCCGCGCGGGCAACUGAAGAAGCCCCUCCGAGAUAUCCUGCGCGACAUCUCUCGGAGAUCUAAGGCCACUGUUGAUAUGCGCGAUGGCCCUGGUGGCUCGAUCAUCUUCGAAGGAAAAGGUUCGGUGGAUGCAGUCCGCCAGGCGCUCAAGGAAGUUGCACAGCAGGUUGGGUCCAAGCAAUCUGUCCGCAUCCCCAUUCCUACCUCUGCGCGAGCCCACAUCAUUGGCCGUCAGGGUACUGUUGUUCAAGAUAUCCAAGCCCGCACCGGUGCCCGUGUGCACGUUCCCCGCACGAACGACAACUCGGCCCCCACCGAAGACGAUGACCAUGAUACCAUUGAUGUCUUGAUUGAGGGUGAUGCGGUGGCUGCGGAGAUGGCGCGACGGGAGAUCGAGGCGAUUGUCAAGGAGCGUGGCUCAAACAUGAGCUUGCGCUUGAAGACAAUCCCUCCGGAGUUCUUCCCCUUCAUUGCUGGUGCACACGAUGCGCAAUUGCGCGAAAUCGAGGAGCGUACCAAGGCGCAGGUUCAUGUGCCCCGCUACGACACCUGGUCCGGCCAGCCGCCUCCUCAGGAAGCCAACCCUGGCCAGGUGCAGUUUGUGCCCUGCGCCGACAAGCACAUUCUCAUCUCCGGAGAGCGGGCUGCGGCACAGGAUGCUCGUGCUGAGAUUGAACGCAUGGCCGCUGAUCUGCAGCGCAAGCUGGCUAUUCGCCAGCUGGCUAUCAACCGCGGCCAGCACCAAUUCAUCCUCGGAAACGAGGCUGAUGCUUUGCACCAGUUCCUUGCGCAGACUGGAUGUGGCAUCAUCCUGCCCCCUGCUUCCGACGAGAGCGAGUUCCUUACCAUCACUGGUCCCCUGGACCAGAUUGAGGCCGGUGUCAACCACGCGAUGGAUCUCGCUACUAGCAUGCAGAUGGCGAGCAUUGACCUGUCCCGACAGCACCCCAGUGCCCCCGCUGGUUCGAACGUGCACGCCCGCGCUCUGACCCAAUAUCUUCGCCGCCGCCAGAUCAUCAAGCAGCUUGAGUCGGCAUAUGAUGCCCGCAUUGCUCUACCCCCGAGCGUUGAUGGACCCGUCACCUGGGAGGUCUACUCCCGUGAUGGCAAGAACACUAUCCGUGCUCGUUCCGAUAUCAUGAACCUGGUCCAUGCCCACCCUCCGUCGCGCCUUCGUCACGUCUCCGUAGACCCGUACUUCCACCCGUACUUGCGCUCCCGGGGUGCCUCCAAGCUGCAGGGUGACUAUGGUGUCCACCUGAUGAUUCCCGACGAUGUCAACAGCCCCGAUGUCGUCCUUGUCUACGAGGGCCCGUCUGCUACUGCCUCCAACUUUGAGGUCCCCCGGCAGCGUCCCUCUCCCGCCGAGGUUGCCGCGUUUGAGCAAUCGCUGCAAGAGGCCCAGGAGUAUCUGCUAUCUACCCUUGGCAACCAGCAGGACAUCGUUGCAAAGUCUGUCUCCGUCCCUGCCAAGUACCUCGAGAAGACUCGUAAGUUUAUCCUUCGUGAGCAGGACGCCGUGGGCGAGGACAGCAUCCCUGUCCGCGCUCUUGUUGGUGACGCCAAGGGUGGGAAGUGUGAGGUCUCGCUCCGCGGCCCCUCGAGCUUGGUGGCGGACCUCGCUUCUAAGCUCGAUACCUUUGUCGUGGAGCAGGAGAAGGACGAUUUGGAGCGCGGAUACACCACUUCCUUCGACUUUCCCCAGAAGUACGCCAACUUCCUGAUCGGCAAGCGCGGCGAGAACAUCAAUAAGCUUCGCGAGGAGUUCGAUGUUGAUAUUAAGGUUGAGAAUGGCAAGGUUGAGGUUAAGGGGCCCAAGGCUAAGGCUGAUGCUGCCCGCAUGCGCAUCAUCAGCAUGGGCAAGAAACUGGAGGAUGAGAGUACUCAUAUUCUGAAGAUCCCUGCCCAAUACCACCGCGAGCUGAUUGGUCAGCGUGGCAACCAGGUCAACCGCCUCCAGGACCGGUACUCGGUUCGCGUGCAGUUCCCUCGUGCUGCUGUCUCUGCGGAUGACCAGUCCGUUACCGAGUCUAGCAGUGAUGCUGGUGCUACUCGGCCCGGUCGUCCCCAGCAGGCCGCCGAUGAGGUCCUGGUGAAGGGACCCAGCAAGGGUGCUGAUCAGGCUCGAGAUGAGAUUAUGAGUUUGCUCCAGUGGGUCAUUGACCACUCUCACGCUGCUACUAUCUCUGUUGCCCAGAGCCAGGUUGCAUCGCUCAUUGGUCAGCGUGGUCGUGAGAUGGAUAAGCUUCGCGCGGACACCGGUGCCCAGAUCGAUGUUCCCAGCGCGAACGAUGCCCCUGAUGCUUCGGGCCGUGUGCAGAUUCGGGUCAAGGGCACUAAGCAGCAGGUUGAUGAGGCUAAAAAGAUCUUGCAGCAGCGUGCCACUGAGUUUGAUGCGACGGUCACCAAGUCUAUCGACGUCGACAAGAAGUACCACAAGGCUCUUAUUGGUGGGGGCGGUGCCAACAUCCGCAAGAUCGUCGUUGACGCUGGAGGUCCAAACGACGGCAGUGCCGCUCGCAUGGUCCGUUUCCCCCGUCCCGACAGCACCGAGUCUACCAUUCGCCUUGAGGGCAACGGCAAGAUCGUGGACAACAUCAUCGCUGCCAUCGAGGAAUUCGUCAAGGAGCGCGAGGACCAAGUGUCCGAGACCCUGGAUGUCCCCACCGCUCAGCAUCGUAUGCUGAUCGGUCGUGGUGGUGAGACACGCCGUGGCAUCGAGUCCAAGUUCAACGUCACCCUGGAUAUCCCCAAGCAGGGGUCCGGCCGCACCGACAUCAAGCUCAAGGGCCCCAGCACCGCCGUUGCCGAGGCGAAGGAGCACGUCAAGGGCAUGCUGAAGGAGCAACACGCUGAGACCGUCGAGAUUCCACGCAACCUGCACCAUGCCGUGGCCGACAACGGCGCUUUCUUCCGCCGCCUGCGCAACGAUCACCAGGUUACCGUCGACCACGCCGGUCAGUCCGUCCCCGCCAACCCUGCCACUGAAGAGACCCGCAGCGGCGCCAAUGGCGCAUCCCUACCCCUGAUCACCGAUGACCCCAGUGCCGCCACCGACGCCCACUCCUGGAAGGUCGUUGACACCGGCGCCACUGCUGAUGCCGAUACCACCCCCUUCCCGUGGGUUCUCACGGGCUCGCCCGAGAACGUCGCCAAGGCCCGUGCGGCCAUUGAAAAGGCCAUCAGCUCGGCCACUCAGCAGUCUGCUACCGGCUACCUGAUCCUGCCGGACCCGAAGACAUACCGCUUUGUUGUCGGCCAGGGUGGUAGCCAGAUCAACACGAUCCGCAAGAAGACCGGCUGCCGCAUCAACGUGCCCAAGAACCAGGCGCAAGGCGAGGCUAUCGAGAUCCGCGGCAGCGCCGCCGGCCUGGAGGAGGCCCGGGACAUGAUCCUGGAAGCUGUUCAGAACGGGCUCAACGGAUCUGCUCGGUGA